AACAAGAAAGAGAAAGCCAAAACACACUAUAGACCCCCCCCAAACCCGAGAAGAGAAGUGAGAACCCAAAGCCAGCAAAGCCAGAGCGAGCGAGGGAGCAAGGAGGAAGACGCACCAGGACAUUGACGAGCCGCGGUCCGCAGCAGCAGCUCCCAGCUUCAUCCCCCGACCCGGAGCCCCAGCACUGGUGCAGCAGGCUCGCUCGCCGCCGCCGCCGCCGCGUGAAGUGAGGCGCGCCCCCCCGCGGACGCUGACGCUGGGACCCGCGCCUGCUGGGAGUGGGCCCGCCCCAUUGAUGGGCGCCGGCAGGCGCCGGCGGCGAGGGAAAGCGUGAGGACGAGGAGGGCCGGCGGGCUCCGCACGAAGCAGGCCGGGCGAGCCUGCCGCCGCGCCGCCUAGGGAGGGCGCCGCCCGUCUUUGCUUGUUUGCUCGCACCGUCGCACGUCCUGUUCCAGUACCAGGCCAGAGAGAAGGGGGGCGGGACUGCAGGCGGCGGGCCGCGGAGGAGCUAGGGUUCUCUCUGUUCUCACUCUCCCUGCGUCGCCGGGAUGGCGGUUGGGGACGCGCUGCGCCGGCUCUGCGAGGAGGUCGGCUGGUCCUACGCCGUCUUCUGGAAGGCCAUCGGCGCCGCCGACCCUGUGCAUUUGGUGUGGGAGGACGGUUGCUGCGGCCACGUGUCAUGCUCCGCCGGGUCUGAGGCUCCUGAAGCUGGGUGCGAGCUGGGCACCAGUGUGUGCACGCUUGUUAGGAAGGUCAUGACCUCGCAAAUUCAUGUUGUUGGUGAGGGUACCAUUGGCCGUGCUGCUUUCACCGGAAAUCAUCAAUGGAUUGUCCAUGAUCCUGCCAAUGAUCACAAUCUCAGACCCGAGGUUUCUGCUGAGAUGAAUCAUCAGUUUGCAGCUGGCAUUCAGACUAUUGCAAUUAUUCCCGUGUUACCACGAGGUGUACUGCAGCUAGGUGCGACAAGUGUGGUAAUGGAAAAUACCAACCUUGUGCUCCAGUAUAAGAACCUGUGUUCUCAGCUAAACAAUCGGUCGAGUAUGGCUUCAUCGUCAUCUGUUAAAAAUGAUUUGAACCAGAAAAUUCAGUCACGCCCUUUGAAUGGCCUCACGAGUAUACACCCUGCAGAUACACGCUCAAAGUUUUUUAGUGGACCCCCAUUGACAUAUCAACAAUGUUAUGGUCCUGAUGGCAGAACUGUGUCUAGUAGUACAUUGGCAAACAUGGGCAGUAAUGCUUCAAUGCUUAUGGUUGCACAAAGAAAUGGCCAAGUGGGUAAAGAACACAUUGUAUAUGCUCCUGACAUGAGGUUCAGACCACAAAACCCUUACUGUGACAGGAGAGUUGGGAGUAACACCCAAAAUAGUGUUGUGAGCUCUGGUUUUAUCUCGUCUAUCUCAGCAUCAAUGGAAAGGCAUCCAUUAAUGACCAACAAUCGACAGUUAGAACAAGGAAACACUGGAGAACCAUCAGAUUCCAGAAGUGUUCUCUUGAAAUCUCUCGCAUACCAUAACCCUUUAGUGCAUGAAAACACAAACAUGACUUUGUUGCAUGGAAGAGGCCAGGUGCCAGGCUUUGUUAAUGGUCAUGGGGGUUUUGAUUUUCUCCCAGAAGGUACUAGAGUAGUCAAGAGUAACCUGUAUGGCAGCACAACAAAUCAAAUUUUAGAUCAAAUAUGCAGUUCUACUUCUGGGAUGAAAGGGCACGGACCAACUAUUUCAUAUAAAAUCCCCCAACCUACCCAAUUUGUUGGAAAAACGGAGAGUUCCAAGAGAGAGACAUGUCAAGCUUCUGUUGCUCUGUUGUCUGACUCUGAUAUUCAGGUUUCUAGUGUCUUGAAAACAGCCAUUUCCCAAGAGAAUCAGACGAGUAGAUCUGAUCUUAUUGGCUCAAAAAAGGCUAAUGAAGUGCAUGAUCCUACUGAUGCAAUUGUUCAAGCUGUCAAGAAUAUGGAUCGCCGCAGACUCCCAGACAUAUCUAACGAGAGAUCACCCCCAUUCCUUAUGGAUCCUGCUGCAGAAAGUGAUUUGUUUGACAUGUUUGGUUCUGAAUUUCAUCAUUUGUGUCACAAUGUGGAUAAUGAUCUUACCUGGAAAGCUGCAAAACCUGAGAAUUCAAAUAGAGAUGUACCUGAAUUCUCUGAUCAUCUUGGUUCCUCUCCAGCCUUCAAUUCAGUGGAUGACGAGUUCCCUUAUUCUGGGAUCUUCUCACUAACUGAUACCGACCAACUGUUGGAUGCGGUUGUCUCUAAUGCCAAUCCUGGUGGCAAGCAGAUAUCUGGUGACAGCGCUUCUUGCAAGACUUCAGUGACAGAUAUUCCUAGCACUUCGUAUUGUCGCUUAAAAGAGCCAAAGCAGUCUGAAUCAUCUGCUCCUCCUUUGCUAAUCAAGAAUGAGUUAGCUGUUUCAAAUUUUGUUAAACAUCCAUCUUUCCCAGAAAAGGCAGCGGAUGGCUGUCUUUCUCAAAAUAAUGCAAUACAGAAAUCUCAGAUACGCCUCUGGAUUGAGAGCGGACAGAACUUGAAAUGUGAAAGUGCCUCAGCCUCAAACAGCAAGGGCGUUGAUACAUCAAGCAAGGCUAGUCGAAAGAGGUCUCGACCAGGAGAGAAUCCUAAGCCACGACCAAAGGACCGCCAGCUUAUUCAGGAUCGUAUAAAGGAGCUCCGGGAACUCGUACCUAAUGGGGCAAAGUGUAGCAUUGAUGCCUUGUUGGAGAAGACCAUUAAGCACAUGGUUUUCUUGCAAAGUGUGACAAAGCAUGCAGAUAACCUCAAGGACUCAAAUGAAUCUAAGAUUCUUGGUGGUGAGAAUGGUCCAUUAAAAGACUACUUCGAAGGUGGUGCGACUUGGGCCUUUGAUGUUGGUAGUCAAUCUAUGACGUGUCCAAUCAUUGUUGAGGAUCUUGAUCGGCCUCGUCAGAUGCUUGUGGAGAUGCUUUGUGAGGAUAGAGGUAUCUUCUUGGAGAUAGCUGACUUUAUUAAAGGACUCGGAUUAACCAUCUUAAGGGGCGUCAUGGAAGCACGCAAAAAUAAAAUCUGGGCACGGUUCACUGUUGAGGCCAACAGGGAUGUGACUAGAAUGGAAAUCUUCCUUUCCCUAAUGCGCUUGCUGGAACCGAGUUAUGAUGGCGGUGGAGCAGGAGAGAAUCCUAAUAACAACAUAAAAAUGCCCCUUGGAAUUGUGCAGUAUCCCGUUAUCCCUGUGUCAGGUCAUCUUAGGUGAGCCAGCUGCCCAGCCAGCACAAAGAUCACAGGACAGGAGGCAUCUUUGAAAUGCUAAGAGCGGGAGGUCGACCCACUUCUGCCAUGACUAGCAUUAUCAACCCAGGACGAGCGGGAAUCUCGUGGCAUGCAGUGCAUCGUCCCUGCAGUGUGCAUUCGGAAAGCCUAACAGUAGAGGGGAAUGGAGACAUGGAUAGUUGGUUCGGCGGGUGAUCAUUAGACGAUCGAUGUUUUGACUGUAUAAUCUUAACUGUUGCUGAUGCUUUUGCCUUUUGUUCUUCUGCAUAUUAGUGAAUUUUGUUAUGUUCUUCUGCUGAAUGGAAAUUCUGAGUUGAAUUGUAGACCUUGUUCAGUUGUUUCUGGUACUAGCUCGAAGUCGGAGCUCUCUUUUUCUUACCGUUCCUGUGUGAUUACUAAUGAGAAACUAGUUUUACUGUUUA